AUGUCAGCAUGUAUCGGCAUUUUUAUCGUUGUGUUGACCGUUUCGGUCGCUACAGACGCCUUCAGCGGUGGCCGUUUGCACUUUUGCGAUUUGCCGGUUCGUGUCGGAAGGAGCGCCCUCAUGAUGUCUGUCUUGCCGACAUUGCUGCAGCCUGCACCAACGGCGGAGGAGCUGGCGCUCAAGGAACAGGUUACUCAGGUGCUAACAAGCCAGGGCGUUCUAGCAAAGUUGAAGGCAGAGCUACGUGCUGCAGUUUUUGAGGUUAUGCACGAGCGAGAGGGUUUCGCGAAAACGAAUGACCCUACGGCCCCAAACUUGAGCGACUUCCCCUUGGAGACCAGGACAACUGCGUUGGCUCUGAUUGUCGAGUGUCUGCAGUUUUUCCACUGGGAGCACGCGUUAUGUGUUCUGCUCGCAGAGACCAAUGCAGAAGAUGAACCUUACGAUAGUGCACAGCUGGUUAAGAAGCUCGGGUUAGGAAGUACCAACUCGUCGGCCAUGCCGACACUGUUUCAGCUCGUCGAGUCCAGGGUGCUAGGCAACGAUCAGAGUGAUCGGUUUAUCAGGCCAGCGACGACCAUCAAGCCCGAUCAAUUCAAUGAUGGCGAAGAAAGUGGUGAAGAAGCCACUGUGCAUGCAGGCGACGUAGCACGGAAGGCGCGGCCAUGGGAGCGAGACGACGAUACGCACUCACUACCUGUAAAAGAGCCCGAACCAGCCCUGAUGCAGCGUAAAGAUGAAGAUACAGAUGAAGGCAAAGAGGAAGAGGUUGAGAGCAGCGCAGAGAUCGAAGAGAGCAUGGCGGAAGAGGUACCAAGUGGAUCUGAACUGGAGGAGUCGAACUUUACAAACUACGAGGAUGAAGAAAGCCAAGACUACCGUGCCCAAGCUAGCACACAACCCACUGAUCUCUACUCGGCACACCAGCAAGAGAAGUUUCAGGGUGACAAGGACCAAGAAGAGAGUCAUGACAAGGAUACCCACGAAAGUAACGACGACGAUGCCGUGUCACUAGCAGCUCCUCCUCCAGCACCCGCAAAGCUACCUUCUUUGCCACCUCUAAUGAAUACAUCAAAUGGAGCCAAUGCUGGAGAUGCAGAGGACGAUUUCGAUGCGGUAAGAGCGGUUGAGAUAUUCACGGGUUUUAUUGUGGCCUAA